AUGCAUGGUAGAUAUAUUAAAGGAGGUAAUUUUUGGGAUGCUACAUCUAAUAUAUUGGACUCUGGAACUUGGAAGCAUUUAUCAAAUACAAAAAGUAAAGCUCUGGAAUGCAUUAGAAAAUCUAUAGGCAAUGGUGAAACAACUUCCAUUUGGUUUGAUCCAUGGAUUCAGGAAGGAAGAAUUGUUGAUCUGUUACAUUCUCUCUCCCCUCAACAAACAGGAACUGGCAAUUGGACUGUAUCACGCCUCAUACAUAACUCCCAAUGGAACAUUAUAAUUCCAUGCCUAAUUCCUCUGCUGCCUUCUAUUGCUAACAUCUCUAUUACAGGUCAAAAGGAUAGCUGCAAAUGGCUGCCUACUGGUAACGGAGUGUUCUCUUUUUAUUCAGCUUGGAAUCACAUACGUAGCUCUGGUGCUGUAUUUGAACUCUACAAUGUGGUAUGGUUUCCUUCUUCAAACCCAAGGAUGUCUUAUUGCUUACUCAAAGCUCUAUAUAACAGAUUGUCAACCAGAGACAGACUGAUUAAUUUUGGAAUCUCAUCUUCUGAUAUCUGUGUGCUCUGCAAUCUAGCGAAGGAAUCUAGAGACCACCUUUAUUUCCAAUGCCCUUACUCGAUUUUCAUCUGGAAACUGUGCAAGCUAAAACUGCAGAUGAACGACAUAGAUGACAGAGACCUGAACACUGAAGCUCAAAACAUUCAACGAAAUUUCAAGUUAAAAGAUAAAUCUUAUAUAUUGGCAAGAUUAGCGUUGAAUUCAACUGUCUGGCAUGUAUGGCAGGAAAGGAUUAGAAGGAUUUUUCAGAAUCAAAAAAUGCACAAGAUUAUGGUAUUCAGGAGAAUAUAUGAAGACAUAAAGAUUAGCGUUGAAUUCAACUGUCUGGCAUGUAUGGCAGGAAAGGAUUAG